GAAGAAGAGACGUCAUUUCCGGGAUACGAUACGAUUAUAGCGAGCAGAAACCGUGUUAGACGUCUCUCAGGCUGCGUUACGACCCCAUUUUUGCUAAACAUUUAGAGAAACGUCGUAAAAGCGCCAUUUCUCGACGUGUAGGAGCAUUAUGUGCAUACGGUGUUAACGUUAACCGACCGUUCGCCUCGUUCACCGGACAAUGAAGAAACGGAGCUCGGGGAAAAAGCGCCAUGUGGUGGCGUGGGUCAACAAAGCGGAGUGGGAUCAGGUUCUGGAGUACCUGUACUCCAAGGACUCCUCCUUACAGAGGUACGCGCUGCAUAGGAUCUCCGCGUGGAAAGGCCGGUAUGCUAACAGCACCCCGGUGGCCGUGGACUGCACCGCGGACCUGGUCAGGUGUCAAGUGCUGGACCGGUCCGGACAGCUGGACGGGGACGACCUGGUCCUGCUGUACGGAGCGGCCCUCGUCCGGUUUGUGAAUCUGAUCACGGAGAGGCAGCAGGGGAGGGUAGCCAAACCUCUGAGGAGGCUGGCGGGGAAACUGAACAUCCCGGAGUGGGUGGUGGACCUGAGGCAUGACUUCACUCACAGGAAGCUGCCAACUUUAAAGUGGUGCAGAAAGGGCUGCAAGGUGGUUCUGGAGUGGCUCCAGCAGGAAUACUGGUCCAGGCAGCUGGGAGGAGGGCCCAAUGAGGACUGGGAGUCGGAGUCAGAUGGAGAGGAUGAGGAGACGGACCUAAAACAGCAGGGAGAUGAGCUCAUCGCAAGGCAGAAAGAAAUGGAAGCCUACAAGAAUGCCCGAGAGCUUCUGAUCUCCUAUGAGAAGGAGCAGUACCAGGCGUUUGAUGGACUCCCAGGAGGCCAUGAGAGGAACAUGUGGCCGGCCCCGUUUGCAGACAUGAGCUGGUUGCUCGGUGAGAUCAAGCAGUUUGCUUUGCAGUCCAGUAACCUGCUGGUUGACGUGUUGCUGGAGGACGGUUUUUUAGUUCCUACUGUUGAGCAGCUGGAAACGUUAAGCUGCGACACGUCCAACGCCGACCCCAGACUCCCUCAGACAUUCCUGCGCUUUUGGCUGCCUCUCCUGAAGAUGCUCAACUCCCCGUCCUUCAUCCACCUCCUCCUGGAGAAGCUGUUUGUGGAGCUGAAGCUGCUCGCCGCAGAGCCCAACAGUCACAGGGUGCUCUACAUCUCGGCGUGGAUUUCAGAAAUCAUCUUCUGCAACAGCAACAAGUUUGAGUAUCAUUUUGAAACAAAGGGACAGAAGAAAGCCAGGAUGAAGGACAGGAUCUUUGUGAACCGCAUCCAGCUGAGGUGGCAGCAGCUGCUCUCGGCGUGUCUGGAUGCUCCGUGUGUCAACACGCCUCACCUUCUGCGGUUAAUCCUGGACGACAUGGAGCAUCCUCUCCCUCUGGAGACCCGAGAGAGGCUGCUCCAGCUCUGCUCCAUCUACACCCAGAUCCAGCACUCAGACUUUGAAACCUCUCCGGAGCACAAACAACAGCCCAUAUACACACUGGAGAGUUUGCAUGAGAAGCUGCAGCAGUCACGGCGCCACGGCCACGCGUGGCAUUCCUCGGCUGACGCAGAGCGGAGCGAGCCCUCACCCCAGGAGAGCAAAUGGGCAGAUGUUCAGGCUGAAAAGGCGAAGCUGCUCAGAGGGUCACCGUGGCAGUUGUGCACCGAUAAGGUUUUUUGGAAGAACUAUCCUCUCGGUAAAGUCCCCGGACAGUCAGAUGACCCAUCAUGCCUCAUGGUGGAAAACUACACGCCAAUGACUGUGUUUGACCAGCCAGUGGAGUUGGAGAGCAGCACAACACACAGCGUCCCCGGAGUCAUGGCAGCAGUGAGAACAGCCGAGGGCCUUCUCUGGAACCACAGCGACGUUAACAAGCUGAAAUCUGGACUGCAGCUUUUCUGAGUCAUGUUAUAAUGUUGUAAUAUAGCCCUCCAGCAUUGUCGAGGUGAUGCUCUUGGUUGUUUUUGACACUUGGAAAAAAGAAAUAUUAAAAACAUGUAAGCGUAAAUAAGAAUCAAACUUUGUUAGUGGUAGAACACAUAUGCAAACAGUUUAUUAACCCUUUGAAAACUGAGUAAAUAGGCUUGCUUUCUCUCAAAUACAUGGGGAAAAGGCAAUAAAGACCCAACAAUUGUUAACAAAUAAAAAAUGUUUAAAGGAAAUUACCUAAAAAUAGC